GCUAAUUCCUUGCUCGCCGCAUAUUCUGCUGCCUACAGCAUGAUAAAAAAUGUACGCAGAAUCCCAGGAAUAAGAAGUGCGGUUGUGGUCUGUUCCAAUUACUACUCCUUCUUUCUCCUUUUUUUUUUAAUUCUUUCUGUAUUCUAUCUUUUCUGUUACUUAUUUUCUUCGUUUUCUCAGUUGAUUUUAUAUUCCCAUAAUGGUGCGUAUUACUCCGAAAUUGAGAAGAAUACCAACUGUUUUCAGAUUUCCACGGAUGAACGUGCGUGCCGAAAAAAAGCAGUUUGAUCAUCAUGUCGAUCCUUUCUCAAGAGUCCCCGAAGAAAUUCUAUCAUGUAUCUUUGAAAACCUCGACAAUCUCUCUACUAUCCAGCAAUUCUCACUAACCUGUCGACGAUUCCGUAUGGUGGCCAAGUCACGCCGAGCCAUCGCCUGUUGGGCUAUGAACCGGUUCGGCAAACGUUUCGUUCUCUACUAUUGUAUUUUAUCCAUGUCGCAACGAUGUGACGGUCCGUUCAUUCAGCAGUUGCUCAAUAUGGGCGCGCUGAUCCCCCGAUGCCUUUUACAAGCCAUGUUAAUGAUUUAUGGUAAAGCGGCCACCUCUGCGAAUAUGUUACCCAAAGGCGGUUCGUUGUUCGUCGAUGUUGCCCAGCAAGUUCCAUUUUCUGGAUAUGCCAUGCUCAUGUAUGCAGGGAUGCAACAUUACUCGCAUAUUCAAAAUAAAGAAAUCAACGGUGAUCUCAGCUCGUUCUUGGCAUCUACCUGUCAUGAAAGAAAAGAGUUGAUCGACAAUCACGCAUUUAUACCCGCACCGAUCCUGGCCCCGAUAUCACUACGCAGUUUAUUACGAUACGCAUAUACCGAUCGCCAUCACUACAUGAUCAUAGCACCCAUAUUUGAAUUCGAUCCAAGUGCUCGACGGUGUUUGUGGGAUGCGGUGCUGUCUCUAUUGCUCGAUGUCGCCUUUGCAUCUACACCCUCACAGGAUCUGCUAGCGCAACUGAACUCGCUUGACUGGGUCAUCACACCAAAGUCACUGGCGGGUGUCCUUCUCAAUACCUCUGACCAAGAUUUGUUCAUUGCCGCUUUUGCCAGUUUUUUUGCCAAGUAUCCUGUCAGUUAUUGCACAGCAGACAAGGUCGAAAACCUUGUUCGUCUUUUGUUCCGCCAUGUUCAUCCCAGUUUUAACGUAUCAGAAGCCUUGCGACAUCUCUUAAGUGUACUACGUAUCGAGCUUCGCAAUAGUGUUGCCCAGGUCCUGAAGCAACGUGACCGCUCUAUCAAUGUAACAUCGUAACUUUUUUUUAAAAAAAAAAAGAAAAAGUGUAAGAUAAAAUAAUUGUAAAGGCAUUGUCAUAAAGUAUUUGAAUAGUAGUUGAAUGGAAGUUCCACAAGAAGAGAGG